UCAGUCAGACGGAGCUCGGGGAGAAAAACAGUCACCUGUUUUCAUCUUUGACUGGUCUGGGUAUUUGCAUGAUUGUCGCUGCAUUUGGGGGAAUUCGUUUCGCUAUUGCAAUAGCGCAGAUACGACUUUUUGAUGGAGAAGCCGCCAAUGUUGCUGUUGUUAAGGGACAGCUUGCUCUAAAUGAAAGGUGACAGCCGUAGUUGCUCUCUCCGAGCCAUCACCCGGGGUGUCCUUUUGCUUGCUCUGGUGAGGACAUAGCGGCUGGAUCCACGGGAAGAUGCUGCAGCGGGGAUGCCUCUUGGAAACAGUCUUAUACUCGAGGGUAUACGCAAAUGUACACAUCUUAGCUCUCGCUGGUACUUUGCUUAUACACGAGCGGAGCAAAGUCGCAGCCUAAAUAGCAGUGACACAUACAUAGAUGGUGGGGUCACAUUAUGCCCGGCACCUCAACUACCACUCCACCACCGGCUGAGGAAAGCAGAAGCCCCGGGACACAAGAGGGACCCAUGUCUGUCAGCCCCAGCUCUGCCUGCGGCUCCUCGUUCCGGUUCGUCCCUGCUUUCUGCCUGGGCGUGGUGGCAGCAGUCGUCUUUCAGCUGGCCUGGGGUGGCCUGACUCUCACAUCUUUUUUGCUGAAGCUGUUCAUCUAUGUAUCAUUCGCCUUAUUGUGUUUCCUGGCUGGGAGCUUCGUCCUUCUGGUCAGGAAGAGCCCUCUCAAGGUCAGCUGCUUUGACUCUAACAGAAUGCAAUCCACUACACGGUUGGAGGUCCUUAACAAGCUCAUGGGUCGUUUUUCAGUGACAGCUCAGGAGUCAAACCAGAGCAGAAAAGUGGUGGUGUCCCACAAUGUGGAUAAAGCCCUGAAGGAAGUGUUUGACUAUGCGUACAGAGACUACAUCCUGUCCUGGUACGUCCCCCUGAGCCAGGACGAGGGCCAGCUGUACUCCAUGCUGCUGGAGGAUUGGUGGCAGAUGAUUGGCCAGCUGAGAUCCAGGCUCGCUGACAUCGACCUCGUCAACGUAGUGUGUUACGACAGCAUCCGGAUCCUUCACACACACUUCACAGACCUUAAGUCUGGCUCUGCAAGACCAGAAGAAGUUGCUCGGCCGUUUCCUCUUCACCCCUGUUUGAUAAAUCCAGACACGGAGAUGGCCUUCCUUCGCUGUGUUGCAAGAAUACUUCUGCUGUGCCUGCUGCCGCAGAAGGAUGCCAAGUCCCACACUCUCCGCUUCUGCCUGACAGAAGUCAUCACUUUCAAAGUUCUGAAGCCUUUGGUGGAGCUGCUCAGCGAUCCAGACUCCAUCAACAGAAUGCUGCUGUCUCAGUUGGAACAGAGGGAACAGAUGGCUGAGCAGCAGAAAAAAGCUUACACUUAUGCUGCCUCUUAUGAAGACUUUGUUAAGCUUAUAUCAACUUCUGCUGAUGUCAAUUUCCUCAAACAACUCAGGUAUCAGAUAGUUGUAGAAAUUAUUCAUGCCACCACCAUCAGUAAUCUGCCUCAGCUCAAAAAGCAAAAAGAACGGAAAGGUAAAGAGUCUGGAGCCAUGAAGGCCGACCUAUUGAGAGCCAGAGAUAUGAAACGAUAUAUCAAUCAGCUGACUGUUGCUAAGAAACAAUGUGAGAAGCGGAUCCGUCUGCUUGGUGGACCAAACUAUGAAAACAAUGAGGAAGGAGGAGGUGAUGACAGUGAUGACCCUCAAAGUCAAAAGAUCCUUCAAUUUGAUGACAUUCUGUGUAAUCCUGGCUACAGAGAGCAUUUUAAAGUUUACAUGGAGAGAGUUGAUAGGAGAGCUCUGAUAAGCUUCUGGGAACUUGUGGAAACGCUGAAAACUGCAAGCAAGAACGAGGUGCCCCAAAUUGUAGGAGAAAUCUACCAGAAGUUUUUUGUAGAAAGCAGAGACAUUCCAGUGGAGAAGGUUCUGCUUAAGGAGAUCCAGCAGAGUCUAGUGGGGAACAGAGGAACUCAGGUCUUCGUCAGAUUACAAGAGCAGGUUGCUGAGACGAUGAGAGAACGUUACUACCCUUCCUUCCUGGUUUCGGACCUCUAUGAUAGGCUGAUCAGAAGAGACGAGCAGUUCAGCCAAUCAGGGAGCAGUCCCGAAGAAAGAGGGGAAGGGUGCCAGGGUCUGGAUGCAGGAGACGAGGUGUGCGACGAGGGCAGUAAAGGAAUAAAUGAGCAGGCCAGCUAUGCUGCUACUAAACUACGCCAACUCUAUGACAAACUGGAGUACAAACGCCAGGCCCUCGGCUCCAUCCAAAACGCACCUAAACCAGACAAAAAGAUUGUGAGCAAACUAAAAGAAGAAAUAGGAGCUAUGGAAAGAGAACACGGGGAGCUCCAGCAGCACAUCAGCAGGACUGACUGGUGGUGUGAGAACCUGGGCCACUGGAGAGCUUCUAUCACAACCGCCGAGGCUGCAGAGGAAGGUGGUGAGACGGUAGCCAGUUACAGCGUCUGUGUAAGUCUGGUGGAGGGAGAGGAGACGUCCAACAGCUGCUGGAGUGUCCAGAGGAAACUCACUGAAUUCCAGAUCCUGCACCGCAAACUCACUGAGUGUUUUCCUUCAUUGAAGAAACUUCAGUUGCCAUCCCUGAGUAAACUUCCCUUCAAGUCCAUCGACCAGAAGUUCUUAGACAAGAGUAAAACGCAGCUCAAUGCCUUCCUCCAGCGCCUGCUGACAGACGAGCGUUUGUGCCAGUCGGAGGCUCUCUACGCAUUCCUAUCUCCAUCUCCAGAGCACCUCAAGGUCAUGUCUAUUCAGAAGAAAUCAUCGUUCUCUCUGGCCUCAUUCCUGGAAAGGUUACCUGGAGAUUUCUUCUCUCAUACAGAGGAGGAUGGUGAUGAUGACAGCGAUCUGUCAGACUAUGGAGAUGAAGCAGAUGGGAGAAGAAAUGCUCUGGCUGAGCCGUGCUUCAUGCUCAUAGGAGAAAUCUUUGAACUCAGAGGAAUGUUCAAGUGGGUGAGGAAGACUCUAAUUGCACUAGUCCAGGUGACAUUUGGACGAACUAUUAACAAACAGAUCCGAGAUACUGUAAACUGGAUCUUCUGUGAACAGAUGCUGGUGUGUUACAUCAGCGUGUUCAGGGAAACAUUCUGGCCUAACGGGAAGCUGGCGCCACACGUCAAAGUCCGGAGUGAUUCUGAACGCAGCGAGACCAAGGAAAAAGCUCAGCAGAAACUUCUUGAUAAUAUCCCAGAUGCAUUAGCUAACCUGGUUGGCCAGCAGAAUGCCCGAUAUGGAAUCAUCAAGAUUUUCAACGCUCUGCAGGAGGCUAGUGCCAACAAACAUCUUCUUUAUGUGUUGAUGGAAAUGUUACUGAAGGAACUGUGUCCUGAACUUAGAGCAGAGGUGGAAAGCGUCUGACCUCACACACACCAAGUUAUUAGAUCAUGUAUAAAGGCUCUGCCGGUCAUCUCUCUGGGUUUUCUGUAGCUGACCAAUCGCACACUGCCAGGUGAGACGAGGAGAGAGCCGUCUUGCUCGGAGCUCACGCCCGAGCUCUGCUGUUGAACGAUGAUCCUGAACCAACGUGAGGCCGAGCUGAAAGAGGCCGGGGUUUGACUGAAGACGAGUGUUUGGUGAUCUCUCCCCACGGCAGCAUUCUAAACACACCGAUCGCAUUUAAGUGAAGGAGCCUCCAAUCACAACAACAAAGUUUUGACACAUACGUUACAUUUUUUUCUCCCCUUUUUUGUAUUUCGGUGGCACUGUAGUUGCUAGAGCAAAAAGGAAACAAGUCUUUUGUUUGACAGUAACUUGUGGUCACUCAUUCCUGGAGCGGAUGAUCAAUGGAUCUGGUCUUGAAUGAAUCAGUGAGUCGUGUAGAUUCUCUUUACUUUCUGUCCCUUUAAGGGACCUGGUGUACGUCAUUAUCCACAGACCUCGGAACAUUCCUACACAAUACUGAGCAGCAACACGUGUUCUUUGAUUCUUGUUGAGACUAAUUGUGCAAUAUAAUUUCAUGUGAAAGUCACUGUAAUAAUUUUAUUUAUAACUGUUGUUCAUAGUUUGUUUUUUUUUUAACCGGAAAUUGUUUAGAGCCUUUAUAUAAGCAAUAAAUUUCAA